CCGCCAUCUUUGAACAGAAGCAUCAAUGAGUAUUGUAGACAAGACUGUUUCAUAUGUGUUUUCGUGUUUAUUUCGAUCGGACUAUGCCAUGAAAAGUUAAACAGGGAUUCUGACAUGAAGUGACGCUGACAAGAUGGCGGUGAGAAUGAACCAAGAGCCAGGCGGCUUCAAGCUCCUGGAGGAGGACGCGUUGGACGACCGGCCAUGUGCAGCGGUCAAGAAAUUCGUCUCCUCUGUGCUUGACCGCAAGGACAUGAAGGACCAGGAAGUGGCCAACAGUUUUCGGAACCUGAUGGAGUACAGAGAUUCCACCUCAAGCCCAAGUGCCUGUAGUGUGGCUACAUCCACAUCUGCCCUGGAUGGCGACAGACUCAACUCCCCUCCGUCCCCUUCCUCCCCCAGCACAGCGCCUGGGCCCAUGGAUGACCAGCGACUGCCCAACGAGCUCCUGGAUGAGAUCUGUGAGGACAUUGGCAUGAAGGAGGGCAUGGAGCUGGACUUUGUUGAGUACCUGAUGGAGCAGGACAGCAAUCCUCAUAUUUACAUGACCCAAGAGGCCAUUUCCUCUGGUGCUUUUAAUAGUGCUGCUGGUUCAACUAUAUCCACACCCACUGGUAGCGCCAGCGGGGGGUCCAACAGUGGUAGUGGUAGCAGCAGCCACGCCAGCAACAACAACGAAGGCAACAAGACACUGACUGUCCUCAACCCACCAGCAACCACCACGCCCAACUUCCUGUUCAAACCAAACUUUAACGACUCAGACUGGCUGAAUCAGUUCCCCAGCCCGUUGAUCCACUCAUCAUCUGGCCAGUCAUCUGGAUCCACCACCAUCCAAUCCUCAGAGAACAACAGUCCGUCCAACAAACGGAUACACUUAUCCGUAUCCACAGACACCAGCCCAAACAAGGGCAGGUCCCAGACCCCGCCGGGGUUCAACCAAGCCAACUAUGGAAACCAGAUGAACAACCAGCACAUGUUCAAGAUGCCACCGCCUGGGCCGCUGACCAAACGGAGCCACUCCUUCCCUCAGGGUGCCCCGGCCUCCUCGCCUGUCCAGUCCACCCACUCGAGCAGCAGCCAGGGGUCCAACACUUCCUCCAACGGCCACAACGCCUUCUCUCGGCCGCAGGAGUUCUCCAUGAACCCACCCUGCCACCCCAGUGAUUCAAGCGACCAGGAGGACAACUUGACCAACAAGAAGGUCCCCUGUAUCUCGCCCAAGCCGGUCAUGCCCACCUCCUCGGCCACCUGUGACUUUAUUAAGCCUGGCUCACCUGCCUGUGUGCAGGGGCAGUACACAUCUAUGCCCGGGUCUGUCGGCAGAGACGGGGGAGUCUUUCAACGGGUGGGGAAACAGCCGCCCCCGAAUGUCAACGUUAAAACCAUGCAGCCACACCAGCCACCACACCAACAACCACACCAACCACCUCCACAACACCAGAGAUGGGCAGGUCCACCGCAAAAACCACACAACGUUCAAUAUUUCAACAAAGGUGUCUAUCCAGGCGGGGCCUUUCCCCCACACCACCCCCACCACCAGACCAUGGGUCACGUCCACAUGGGUCACAUGGCCGGUCCGCCCGGCCCACACAACCCUCCGGUCAGGACGCCAGUGGACUCACCACUGGACCAGGGCUACUUCUCCAACGAGUCUGCGGGCAACUGCAGCAACGGUUCGGCCCCGUCCCCCGCCUUCACAACAUCUUCCAUCUCCUCGUUUUCGUCCAUCUCUACCAUGAUGCCAGCUGAUCAAAGUCAGAGCUUCUCACAGAAGGCUUCAGUCAUGCAACAACAGCAGCCACAGCAGAGUUCAGGUAUGUCCAGCAGCCGGCCUCAGGUCCAGAAGUCUGUCCACUUUGCGGACAUGCCAGAGGGCAGCCCACCUGCUUACUCCCAGAACAACAACACAAUGGACGUCAAGCCCAACUUCGGACCAGGUCAAGCAGCGGAUUGUUUCGAUAUGGAGAACAACGGCCAGCCUAAAGGGAUGCAAUCCAUGAAAAUCCUCCCCAGGAUCAAUCACAGCAUGAAAUCUGGCGUGGCGCCGUACACGGUCCCCAACAGCCAGAUGAUGGUGCCGUCCCCGUACGACUUCAGCAACCGCCCCAGCUGUGCCAUGUCCGGUGACCCAGCCAGCCCAGACUCCAUGCAGGAAUUUAUGUCCAAGUCUUCACAAAUCAACGGCAGCAACAAUUCGUUUUACGUGGACGGCAACCAGAACAUGAUGAGGAUAGACUCCAUGCAGGACUACCCUCCGCAGUCCGUGCCCCCGCUCAUGCCCCCGCAGCAGUCCGGGGACUUUGGCGUCAUGCCCCAGGGCCAGCCCCGGUACAUGGAACAGUUCCCGCCCAUGCAGCAACCGUCUCACCCCGCCCAGUCCUCCCACUCACAGCACGUGCCUCCGUCAUCCUCAUCGUCAUCAGACUCAGCGCCGCCGCCCCACCCCCAGAUGCAGCAACAGCAGCAGCCUGCUCACCACUACUCCAGUUGUUCUCACUCUGGGCAGGGGAUGGGCCCCGAAUAUGGGCCCCCGCAUAUAAACAACAUGCAAAUUUCAAACAGCAAUUCUGGACACUUCCAAAUGCCUUUAGCAAUGUCAACGCCCAUGUCGAACCGGGGGGUCAGCAACAACAGGGGGUCAUAUGGUCCGCAGAUGGGACCCCCGUCCUAUGAAAAUUCAUUUGGGGGUCAUCCAGACAUGUACCAGACAUCUCAGGGACCCCAGCACCCCGGCCAGGGAAUGAUGCCAAACCAGCAACCCUCCGUCCAUAGAGGAUGGGGGCCCGGUAUGUCAGGGCCCCCAGGUAUGCAUGGCACGGACGAGCUUCAAGUCCAGGUGGGGGGUAUGCACAAUGUUCCGGGCCCCAUGAAAGGUAGCCUUCAACCCCCCCACCCCCACAUGCAGCCCAGCCCCACGCCCGGCUGUGCUGCACCUGGAUCUCACAUACAAGACCUCAGUAUAAUCAACUCUUCUGUUCACAUGGGGCCACCCCACCCUCAUAUGGGCCCCCACCCGGACUAUGGACCCUGCAUGGGUAUGAACUGCAACACCUGUAAGAUGGCCCAAGCUGGGAGCCCCCCACAUCUCCCUCAACACAUGGGCCCCUGCCAAGGACCCAACUGCCCUUCAUGUAAAAUGAACCACCAAGGCCCGCCGUCUGCUCCGCAUGGGGGCCCGUGCGCAGGUCCAAACUGCACGGCCUGCAAGAUGCAGCAGGCCAACAGGCCCCAGAUGCUGUCGUCACAACACAAAUUCAUCCAACACCUCAUCAUGGACGAGGGCAACUCGGCCUACCGCUCCCACCCCCUGUUCCCCCUCCUGCGAGACUUGGUUAUAGCUGAGAUGAACUUCGACAACCCACGGUUCCACUACCAGCAGCUGCUGAGUCUCCUGCCCAACGACUUCCACAAACUUUUACAAAACUUUCUGCACAGGAACCCCCCCUCAGGGCACUACCAGACCAACCAGGCGGUUGAGAGUGUCAUCAUGGAUAGCUUACGGUUGGCACACAGCAACCUUGUUGACAAGAUUCGACACAGACAAGAACUGGAGAAAAUGAAAGCCAACUCCUCAGCCUCUCUGAGAUCUAUGGAGGAAUUCUGUCAAAAGUUUGACCACUCUGUCAAUGGUCCAAUGGCUCGGCCAGUUCCCAAUGGAGUGAAUACAAUGGGUAUGGGACACCCUAUGGCAAGUUACCAUGAUGGCGGCUACAUGCAACCAGGGAUGUCGCACAUGGGUCAGUACAGGACAAUGAAAGAAGGACAGGACAUGCUUGGGGAUCCUACCUUGUCAGCUGCCAGCCCUCAAGCCAACAAAACAGAAUCAAAGAAACAUCCCAGUCUUCCUAAGGAGGCUGUUGCGAUGAUGAUGGAAUGGCUACGAAGUCACAAGGACAACCCCUACCCCAACGAUGAUGAAAAGGCCAUGCUGAUCAAACAAACAGGGCUCUCAAUCAAUCAAAUCAACUACUGGUUCACCAACGCUCGGAGAAGGAUUCUACCCAAGUGGGCACAGUGCAAAACAUGAUAGAAGUCAAGUCUAGGGGCAGUCAUAUAAGUCAGUCUAGGUGCAGUCAUAUAAGUCAAGUCUAAG